GCUUUAGCUGUAUAGUUAUCAUCCGUGCAAACCUCUCCCCUUCAGCAACAGCAGCUAAAGGAAUAUUUGGAAUACCAAAGUCGUUUCUGCAGUGAUUUCUUUUCAUGAUCUCAAUUCUUGCUCGCCUCUAAAAAAUUUAUCAGAGUCUGAAUCUGUCUGGUCUCAGCACUGGAAAGCUCUUCUCUAAGCAGAAGAAAGAUGUUUAUUAAAGUUCCAUUCUUCAUCUUCAUCCUAGGGAGCGUGUCCCUCGGAGCACUUGCUGAAGAAGCAAGUGCCAUUCUAGAAGGAGAAGAAAGUGCAACAAUCGAUUUCAAAGACAGAAAUGAUACAGAGUUUGAGGAAUUACCGACACUGCUGCCCACAAGACUACAGAGUGUAACAAAUCUCUUGCAGUUUGGAAGACUAAUGACCACAGAAAGUGCAUUUGAUGUGCCUGAAGAAAACAAUAAUGCUACGUACUAUGAGGUUAACACUGAAAGCGUUGAUGGUGGACUGGAUGGGGAACAGACAGAGAAAACUGAAAAAGGUGGCCUGGAAACAAUUGCACUCGUUGGAAUAAUUGUUGGAAUCAUAGUAGCUGUUGGAAUCCUUGCUGGAAUCAUAAUUGCUGUUGUAAGGAAGAUGUCAGGCAGGUACUCGCCCUGAAAGCAGUCGAAACAAGUAACCAUGCCAUUCCAUGUCAGUACACACAAGUGCUUCUUACUUUAGAAGAACUAAAGACUAUUCCUAUAUCGGUGUGAGAAGAUGAUCCAUGGAAGAUACAGUGGAACAAUUCCAUAUCUAUGGGGAUCCCACACAGCUCUCCUGAAGACUUUCCUUUUUUAAAACAGACUGCAGAGUGUGGAACAUUUGCAUAGGAUUUUUGCUAACCAGGAGUUUCCUAGAGGAACAAAAAAGAUUAUCCUACAGGAAAAAGCUCCAGUAGCAAUGACAUUUACAUCUGAAAUAUGAUGUGCAGGUAAUGUAUGCUAGCUUCAUUUUAAAUGCUGCUGGCAAAGAUUAUUUCACAUCACGUAUUAUGCAUUUCUUUAUCCAAAAUCUUUUCUUUUAAGUGUUUUGGCUGGUUAAGUGCUUGUGGCAUGUUCAUCCACUGAAUUAGCAAGGUAGGACAUUUCUUAUCAGAAAGGAGGUAUUGCUUCAGAUAUUGAUACUGAUUUUCUGCUCAAUACUUACAUUAUCAUGUGGCAAAGUAUAAUAGGUCCAGCUGGAACUGACCUACCAACUAAAAGCUUGUGCAUUUGAUUUGCAACAAGAAUUUCCUGUCUUCUCUUGUUGCAGAGACACAAGGAUUGAAAUACACAUCCUGAAUUAAAGGGUGCUUGGAAAAUACCCAGUUUUGAUGGGUCACUUUAACCAGUUACUCAGCACGCUUUAGAGCUGAUGUGCAAAGGCUUUUGAAUUCACGUAUUCAUGUUUUUCUUUGUAACUGUCUUUUUUAACAGUAUAGCCUGCUUGAUCACAUGCAUGAAACACUAAAUCAGAGCACGUUAGUGACAUAUAGCGCAUCCUUGGACUCUGCAGCUUUCUACUAUGGCAUAUGAAGCAGUAUCUGAACAUGCAGAGUUCAGAGUGGAAGCUUUGUAUGCCAAAUGGCUGCAGUGUAUUGUGUUUUCUAAACUAAAGCAUCAAAUGUUUGGUGUAAAAAUCUUACAUUCCAUACGGCUGACAUGUAUUAAAACAAGUCAAUUUACGUA